AUAACAUAAAGAGUUGAAAACCCAAAGAAAAAUCAAAUCAAUUUGCAUUCAGUCACACACCAUUUUCAUUUUUCAAAAACUCAAAUUUCUUCUCUUAUUUUUAUUUUUUUAAUAUUUAGAAAUUAGGAAUUGAAAAUGGAUCCUCCAACAAAGAGUUGGAGCAUCCAUACCCGACCCGAAAUAACAUCCCAAUACGAAAUCCUCGAACAUGUCGGUUCCGGAUCCUACGCCGACGUCUACCGUGGACGGCGAAUCUCCGACGGGAGAAUAGUAGCCCUUAAAGAAGUUCAUGAUCAUCGAUCAGCAUCGAGAGAAAUCGACGCUUUACGGAUCCUUCGGGGAUCCGAAAACGUUGUUUUUAUGUAUGAGUUCUUCUGGCGAGAAGACGAAGAUGCUGUGAUCGUUCUCGAGUUUCUGAAAACCGAUCUCGCUACUGUGAUUAAGGAGGCUGCUUCUGAUGCUGGAUGUGAGGGUCUUGCUGUUGGAGAGAUUAAACGGUGGAUGGUGCAGAUUCUUAGUGGGGUUCAUGCUUGUCAUCGGAAUAUGAUCGUGCAUAGAGAUUUGAAGCCGGGGAAUUUUUUGAUUUCGGAUGAUGGGGUUCUCAAAUUGGCAGAUUUUGGACAGGCGAGGAUACUUAUGGAGUCUGGAUUUGAUGCAUCAAAUAGUGAAAAUUCGUCCCUACAUCCUCAUGAUGAUAUUCCCUUAUCAGACAAUUCAAAUCGAACUGAAUUUGAAAAUCAAGAUGAGGAAAGAAUUAGUCAUGAGGAAUAUUUUAGAGUAUUAGAUGAGCUGAAAAUUAAGAGUCACACAUAUGAUACUGAUGAUAAGGACACAAACACGCACGACGGUAACAACUCGUGCCUUGCAACAUGCACAAUUAGCAAUGACGACGAUGAUGAAAUUUGGAAGAAUUCUUUGCCAUAUGAAGCAGAUGAAGAAGGAGGGUAUGAGGAGCUUGGUUUUCUCACAUCAUGUGUUGGAACAAGAUGGUUUAAGGCUCCGGAACUACUUUAUGGGUCGACUAAUUAUGGUUUAGAGGUUGAUCUUUGGUCAUUAGGAUGUGUUUUUGCUGAGUUGUUUACAUUGAAGCCUUUGUUUCCUGGAACAGGUGAUAUAGAUCAGAUUAGUAGAAUCUUUAGUGUUUUGGGUAAUCUGAAUGAGGAAGCUUGGAAUGGUUGUUCUAAACUUCCUGAUUAUGGAAGAAUUUCUUUUACUAAGGUGGAAAACCCUAUUGGUAUUGAAGCAUGCAUGCCGAAUCAUUUGCAUGAUGAAGUUUCCUUAGUGAAAAAAUUGGUUUGUUAUGAUCCAGCUAGGAGGGCUACUGCGGCUGAGUUACUUCAUGACAAGUACUUCUAUCAGUUGUGAUUCCUUUCAUCAGAAAUGGAAAAGACUAAGAUUAUUUAAUUUGGCUGAGUGGUGACAAUGAAAUGAAUUGUGAUUUUGAUUUUGGUUUCAGAGAAAUUUUAUUUGUUUAUUGUUCUUAAAGAUAAAUUUGAUUUGUUUAA